CAUCUUUGUGCGCCCUCUUCACUGCUGGCUCUGGAAGCUUCCGAAGUGGGCUGGGUGGACAUUUCAAAAUCCUCCUCCAUCCCAGGUCAAGAGUAGUUGUUUCACCGGCGGGACACAUCUGUCCUGUUCUGAAGGUUCCCUCCGACAUUUUCCAUCGAUUAUAAAGUUGCGAUGCCCGAAGCGAUGGCUGUACUGAAGGCUUCAAACGUAGGCAAAAACAAAGGAGGGGUGUAUGUGGAUCGCGACAAGCCGGCUCAAAUCCGCUUCAGCAACAUCUCUGCCGCGAAAGCUGUGGCAGACGCCAUCAGAACCAGCCUGGGGCCCAAAGGCAUGGACAAGAUGAUCCAGGAUGAGAAAGGCGACGUGACCAUCACCAACGACGGGGCCACCAUCUUGAAGCAGAUGCAGGUGCUGCACCCCGCCGCCAAGAUGCUGGUGGAGCUGUCCAAAGCUCAGGACAUUGAGGCGGGUGAUGGCACCACCUCGGUGGUUGUGAUCGCCGGCGCCCUCUUGGAUGCCUGCUCUAAACUGCUCCAGAAAGGCAUCCAUCCCACCAUCAUAUCGGAGUCAUUCCAGAAGGCGGUGGACAAAGGCGUGGAGGUGCUGACGGCCAUGAGCCGGCCGGUGGAACUGAGCGACCGUGAGACGCUGCUCAACAGCGCCACCACGUCGCUGUGCUCCAAGGUGGUGUCGCAGUACUCCAGCCUGCUGGCGCCAAUGAGCGUGGACGCCGUCAUGCAUGUUAUCGACCCCGCCACCGCCACCGGUGUCGACCUGCAGGACAUCAAAGUCAUCAAGAAGCUCGGGGGCACCAUUGAUGACUGCGAGCUGGUGGACGGGCUGGUGCUGACCCAGAAGGUGGCAAGUGCCGGCUUCAGCCGAGUGGAGAAGGCCAAGAUCGGCCUGAUCCAGUUCUGCUUGUCUCCGCCCAAAACUGAUAUGGACAACCAGAUCGUGGUGUCGGACUAUGCUCAGAUGGACCGUGUGCUACGUGAGGAGCGCGCGUACAUCCUCAACAUGGUCAAGCAGAUCAAGAAGGCAGGCUGCAACGUGCUGCUCAUCCAGAAGUCCAUCCUCAGGGACGCCCUGAGCGACCUAGCCCUGCACUUCCUCAACAAGAUGAAGAUUAUGGUGGUGAAGGAGAUUGAGAGGGAAGAUAUUGAGUUCAUCUGCAAGACAAUCGGCACCAAGCCCAUCGCCCACAUCGACCACUUCACUCCUGAGAUGCUCGGCACCGCAGAGAUGGCGGAGGAGGUCCACCUGGAUGGCUUGGGCAAGCUUAUCAAGAUCACCGGCUGUGCCAAUCCCGGAAAGACGGUGAGCAUCGUGGUGAGAGGCUCCAACAAGCUGGUGAUCGAGGAGGCCGAGAGAUCCAUCCACGACGCCCUCUGCGUCAUCCGAUGCCUGGUCAAAAAGAGGGCGUUGAUUGCGGGCGGUGGCGCGCCUGAGAUCGAGCUGGCGGUGCGGCUGGCCGAGUACUCGCGCACACUGGCCGGCAUGGAGGCGUACUGCGUGCGGGCGUACGCUGACGCCCUAGAAGUGAUCCCGUCCACGCUGGCCGAGAACGCUGGCCUCAACCCCAUCUGCACCGUCACCGAGCUACGCAACAGGCACGCCCAGGGAGAUAAGAUGGCUGGCAUCAAUGUGCGCAAGGGUGGUAUUUCCAACAUCCUGGAGGAGCUGGUGGUGCAGCCGUUAUUGGUGUCCAUCAGCGCGCUCACCUUGGCCACCGAGACGGUCCGCAGUAUCCUCAAGAUCGACGAUGUGGUGAACACCCGAUAAGGCGCUUGCUUGGCGAGGGUCUGAUGAUUCGCCAGCUUGUGUUACUGAUGCUCUUGAUAGGUUGCAUAAGUUAAUAAAAGACUCUUUGCGAUAUUA